AGGUUCUUUUUUCGUUUUUGCUGGAUAUCAUUUUCACCGCAAGGCACCACUACAUGGAACUGGAGAUUGACGUAAAAAUCAUGGCCUCCGCCAAAGAUAUUAUUUCCACUACUCGUUUUAGCAUGGUAAAAAUGUAUUAAUGUAUACUUACAAAGCACCACACGAAAAAGAGCUUCACAUUGACAAAUGCAGCUGUGAGGACCACACGUUUCCUCUCGCACCAUGAGCAGCGCUAGCAGUAGCGCGACGCCCGCGAAUCUGGACGAGUGGGGCUCCGGGCUAGAUCAGUACUACGCAGAAGGCGGAUUCGAUGGGGAGGACGAUGAUGAAGGUAAAAUUAUCCAGUGUUAUUGCAUAACAUGCCGCCUGUUGCCACAUUGCAUGAUUUUGCGCAAGCUUAACUUACUUGGCGCCCGAACUUCGAGAGAGUGGUCGAGAAGGAAGAACGGACGUCAAAAUUGGGUUUGAAAGAUUCAGCGCUUUUUCCAUAUACUUGGUUAUUUCAUCCAGGUUUCAACACGGCCCCCGAGGACGUGCCGGCGGAGGUGAAAAUAACCAACGCUCAGUCCAGCAAUCCACAGGGCGAGCAGAUUUCGGGAAAAAGAACAGGCGAAAAUGAGAAUAAACCAUCCGCCACUUCGUCUGACCACCCGCACACCCCACCGGUGGUCAGCGUGGCCGCGUCGCCGCCCACGAAGAUGCGGCACAGCGACAUGUCCUACCACACCCCGGCGGAGCACGGCACGCCCGAGUUGCCGUUGUCUGCCGGCGGGGAAAGCAAGAACCGCGGACAAAGUUCCCUGACGGGAGGCCUCAACGCCAGCCCGGAGACCAUCCUGCUUUCCCGGCCCACGCCCGACACCGCGUCAGCGAAGAGCCGGCGGUUCUCGGCCGACGGGGUGCCGAUGCUGGACCUGCGCAACAUGCACCCGCCCGUGCACGAGCAGCUCUCACCUGCGACCGCAGCGGCCAGCACGAAUCUGACGGAGCGGCCGAAUAUGGAGGAUGUUUUAGACACGGAGGACGUGGUGGACGCCCCAGCGGAGCAGGCCGGGGCGAGGACAACAGCUGGAAAUACGACAACUACAGAACAAUUUGACGCCACUAAUGCCUCUAACGCGUUCGUGGUCCCCCUCGGAAGGGAGCGGUCCACCAACAGCUCCGAUGACAUGUUCGAUAGUGGCACGCCCCAGACGGCGCCCCAGCACACGUCCAGCUACGGGUCCGCAGUGUCUUCGCACUCAGUAGUGUUGAACAAGCCGCAGGCGUCGAGCAGCACCAGCUCCGCACCGCCGCAGCACUUGGCGGACUACGUGGCGCGACAGUAUCCGACGUCGACGGCGAGUGAGGUUGUAGGGGUGACGUCAACAUCCAGUAACGAACAACAACUUCUCGAACAACAACAUGGCAACAGAAGCCUUCGGACACCGGACCAGGCGCAGCUGGAGCGUAUCAUUGGAACCAGCGCGUCCGCGAGUUCUUCACGCUUGACGUCCAGGCAUCAAAACAGUACGUUUCCACCAGCGGACGAUUGCCACCAGGUGGACGAAUUUUCAGGAGUACCAGGAGGAACAUCAACAGCGCAAAUACCGAAUAACCCGCGAGCGUUUGUUGCGACCCCGGGAGAGGAUUCUUUGCACUCGGCGCGCGACAUCCGGGGGCCCACCUUGGAAGACGUGGCCGGCUGGCGCGGGAGCAGUAACCGCAGUCCGGGCAACCACAGUUUGGAUUACAGUGACGAGGAAAAUUCGCCGAUGGUGCAGAGCUCCACGCAGAACAAACGCACAGAGGAACUACAUCAGCCAAAAGAGCACCAGCUCCUUCUUGGUGGUGAAGUUGUGGAUCAGUACCCCAAGAAUUCUUCAUCAUCUACUUCAAGUGCACAUCAAGAACCGUUCCCCCACUACGCAUCGGGAGAACAACGUACGCGGGAGGUUGAUGCGUCGCGGGAGAACAGCAUCAGCCGGCCGGCGCCACCUGUAAUCAGCGGCGACACUCCCAACGACAACAGUUUCGCGGGCGUCGGUUCCCCGUUCGACAUCGCAACACCGGCGGACGACCUGCGGCCGGCGGUUUUGGUGCCGCGGAGUGCGCGCAACGUGCUGGCGAGUAGCGUCACGGGCAAGGCGGAGGUCGCCGGGAAAGCAGUAGUCCCUUUACUUGCGGACGAGGCACUGACGAGUACCAGUGCGGAGGAGGAACAGCAAGCAGCGUUGUCGAGACGUACAGUGAUUCUGUUGGUUUAUAAUCAACGGUUGUCGUUGUUUUCAACGUGAUUUAGUACUUUCUUUCACGACGCAGUGACAACAAUUUCACUUAUCAAAAGAAUAACGACCCGACAAGGAUCUUCGUGAGAGAUUGCAUAAAAUAUGUAACUGAACAACAACACCAGGUGGCAGCCGCUCCGGCCGCGAUCACGUCCUCCAACCGGAUCUGUCGCAGCCCACCAGCACCACCUCCGCAGCGCAACCAGCGGCCUCCACCGACCGGGUGGAUAUUAAAAGCGCUGAUGCAAUAAAGCAACAUACAACCGGAGAGCAGGACCCUUCUGUGCGUUUCCACCUGGAGCAGAUUGCCGAGCUGCGCCGGGAAAAUGAACAGCUGCGGCACGAGCGAAGCGUGUCCGAAGCGCGCAUGCAAAAGGCGUUCCAGGAACAAGUGGCAGCGGCGGAACAGGACUACCGCGCGAAGCUGCACAGCGUGGAGCAAGACCUGGUGGGAACGCGGAAAAAGGCCCAGCAGGCGGACGUAAGGGGACUGUUUCAUGUUACAGUUUACUUCUCUCCUGCGGAGUCUUUGCACCUUUACGGAAGUAGGCGUUGAUAUGCAUGUUCUGGCUCCUGCUUUUCAAGAAAUUCUGCUUACUUUUGAAGCUGCGAUCGAACAAAUACAAAUCUGUACCCACCUCCACACAGGGUCUGGAGAUCGAGUUGGGGAACAUGAAACAGGCCAUGGCGGAGCUGACCGCGGAGCUCGCGAACGUGCGGCAAGGCGCCCGGCAGGGCGAAGCCUUCAAGCGCGAGCUGGACAAGAUGCACCCGCGCGUGAAAGAACUCACGCAGGCCCUGGAGGCGACUAAACAGGAACUCCAAACCGCCACCACAGAGCAGAACAAGGCGCAGAUGAAGGUAGCCCAGUUGGAGGAGGAGUCCGAAGCCAAGUAUCGUACGGAAAAAGUUCCCCUUCCCAUACUCGGAUUGGAAAUUUGUGAUGCUGAUUUGUGACCACAAAGCAGGUCUGUCUUGCAUGUGGUGUAAUUGGGAGCUAUCGGGAGCAUUCCACAGCCAAUCUGUCAUGCGCUUUUGCCUACUGCAAAGCUGUCUGCCAUGCGUAACUGCUAGCCUUUUGCAUACCAAACCAGGCUUAGAAAAAGCCUCCAAGCGCUUCCUGCAACACGACGCUGCUUUGUGUACAGAAAUCCAGCAACAGAAAUUCUCUGUUUUGUAUGGGGUUGCGGCUUUUUUCUCUUUGAUACCAAGCACGAAGAAAUCACCGCGUUGAAAUCCGAGGUCGCGCAGUUCCGCCGCCCCACGGAAAACGUCGGCACGCAGAAGGAGCUAUGAAGGGGAAAAAUGCCAAUCUAGUACUUCUCUUCACGACCGGGAGAGUGUCUUGCAAAUUUUUUUUCUUCCCACGACUUGCGGAUGAGGAUGUAGGCAUGUUGUUGUGGAAUAGGGGGCCGAGGCGACGAACAGGCGUUUGUUUCUGCCUCUUCGACGUGCAAGGCACAUGCCUUAGCCUUUUGUGCGCACGUAAAGAAAUAAGACAUUUCUCUCGGUUGACGUUGAGGAGAUGUGCUAGGGCUGGUUUUUCAUUUGGAUAAAAGCGGGAAUUUGACGACGAGCGGGAGGAAAACUUCGGUUACGAUUUCAACGAGUUCCUGGUUUCAGACCCGAACAGGUUCUCUUAAGAUUUCUUUGUGAUGCGUAGGUUCGCAUGCGUCUUUGUGUUUCUCAUGCUCAACUCAUCGAGAUAUACCGUAAAAAGGAAAGAAGAAAACCGAGGAAACAAAAGAUCAUGCUUCUUCAUACAAAAUUGAAAUUCCCUCAGGCUUUUGACCAAGUAUCCGGAGCUCGCCGAGGGACGGCAGGGCGGCGCGUAUGGGCAGGCGUGCUGGGCGCUGUUACAGGAGCGACAGUACCUGCAGACGCACUACGACGUGCUAGAGAUUUUGCGCAGUACGCUGAACGCAAAUACGGGCGACCUCUAUACGCAACUGAACAACCGCAGCAUCCGCCUCGCCGAGGAGCGCAAGGGAGUGGCAGGUGGAGAUUAGUGCAGCUCCUGGGCAAAUGCUAGAUACUUUAUAAAAGCCAGUUCUAAAGGAAAGAGAGACAUACACCUGUUUGUUGGUGUUGCACAUCUCUUUACUUCCCAAAACAGUACAUUGUUAAGCAUUAUCAUCCUCACACAUCAACGAACUUUCAGAUUCGAGCGCUACAACCUCCCUAGAAGCCGUGGAGGCCAGCGAGCAUGCGGACGCGCUCUGGGCGGAAGUUUUGUUUUACCAGGAGCACCAGCUGAGCAGUUUAGCGCGGCGAAUUCAGGAGCUCGAAGACGAAAAGCGGGUGUACGAACGACGUGCGAAGAUCGGCACCGAGUUUCUCAAGCAGAACAAGCACCAGGAGGCCGAGAAAUUUGUCCGCGACUACGUGCUGCAAAUUUCCGAACUGAAGGCGCACCUGAAUCGGGCCUAUAAUGCGGAAACGACGCCUGCGGAGGUGGAGGAGAUACAACUACUCCUGCAAGAACACACGACCGCCCAAGUAGAGGCUGCUGCGAGGAACGACGGGACGACUGCGUGCAGCUUGUCCGGCAGUUCCAGCUCCUCGGUAGUGGUGCACAACAACACAGAAAUCAUCACAGAAGUAGGUGAUGAACCGCCCAGGAGAAGGAACAAUAAUGACGCCGACCAUAUCCACAGUAAAUUUCCUGUACAUGUACAAAUGCGGUUUCUGCAUGACAAGGCUUUCUUUUAAUUCUAUUCAGCAUCACAAGUGGCAUGCUCCAAGUUGGUGAAAUUUGUGAUGCAUUUUGUACAUGUACAGCAAAUUUGUAUUGCAUAGACCAACGAAAACCCACCGCCCGCCAUCUUGCCGCGAGGGAAAUCACGCUGCGCACGAAGUUGGUGCAAGCCGUGCAGGAAAAUGAAAGUCUGGUCCGGAGGAACGCGAAUCUGCAGCUCGAGCGGGAGCACCUGCUGGAGCAAACGCGGCACUUGACGCACGAAACCAAGCAAACGCAGGCGGCUCUGUCCUUGAAGUUGCGGACGGAAGCCGCCGCGCAGGGCAGCGCCGCGCCGAGCUGUUUGAACGGUACCGGCGGGGUGGCGUUCGCGGCCGGAGCCGCCGUGCCGACCGUCACUGCUGUGCACCCAAGGGUUCCGGUGGUUAUCGCGCAGCCGGUGAGUAAUUCGCAAGCGAAAGGUACAGGUGUUGUGAGUUUUUUUUGGAAGUCAGCACAUGUAAGUACGGCGCGGAUUGCUGAAUGAAGUUUUUUUGCGAGCCGGGCGUGUUGAAAAAUUUGCUAUGACUCUGAGGGUGGGUUAUCUUUAGAAGUACAGCGACGUCCACUGGCCCCCCAAUGCGGCCUCUUGAAAAGCAACUUCAUCUUUUUGCUAAAUUUCUAUCAACAGGUGCACCCGAUGCGAGUAUGGUGAACAAAAAGGCCUGCACAUACUCCACCACUGCCGAGGUGCGGGUACCGAACUACCGCCCCGCCGUGCGCCACGCGCCGCCCGGUAUGGUGUUUUUUUUUGUGUUGUCUGCACCGUUUUUUUUUGUGGUGAGAUGCAUGGAGGAAAAAACAAGAUUUACUAUUUAUGCCACAAGAAUGUUCAAACAUAAAUUCAGUGACAACCGGGACGGGCACGCCGCCGACAACCGGAAACGAGCGGUUUGACAGCUACUCCAUCCAUGCCGGCCGCGUCACCGCUCCGGCGGCCGCAAAGCAGAAGGCAGCCGCUGCGAAAAAGCCCGGAGAGCGCAAGCCGCUCUACACCGGGGUGCGAUAG